ACGAAAAUCGCCCGAGGCUCGCUGGCUCUCACCCAUACGUCCCCACUUCGUUUCUUGGAAGGGGUACAGGGACCAAGGCGAUGUGCAAGGAGCUCUACCAACGCUGGGAUGGUUGUUCUUGCUGGGGGUUCCUGCGGCCAGAAACAUGCUCGGAAUUAUUCAGAAAUUGCCUGGGCCCGAGAGGCGAGAUAGACAAGAAGGUGGUUAAGUGGAACGAAGGAAUGUGUAACGAAUGCUGGGAUAGACUCUUGGAAGAGGCGAGGGAGAUGGCCGAGGCCGAAGAAGCCGAAGCCCUAGCCGCAGCCUCUGCGACCUCCAAGAGCCAUUCGUCAAGUAGCAGGGGAUUCUAGAGAGUGGCCAACCCACCUGACCUCUAGUCAGUUAGAUGGAAUCGGGACGAGUGUAGCGGAUGAGAUCCAAUAGCUGAGAACCAAAGCAUCCGCC